CGAGGCGGGCGUGGCUGAUAAUUCUCACACAGAAAAUGCAAAUGGACAAGAAAACGCUGUCCAUAGCUCUUCUCUCCUUAACCUGUCUCUUCCUCAUCUGUCUACAGGGAUGGACCGUCAACACACAGCAAAAGGUCGUCUACUAUCCCUCGACGCAUAACUUCAUAUGCGCGCAGCAUUCGCCGCAACAGCAGCGGGCGGACUUGUCUCAACAAAAGACUCCAAAAGAUGCAGAGAAAAACUCAGAGCUACCAGAAAAACAACCUAGCUCCCCUACCACUACCAUCCCUACGACUACAACGCCAUUAACAGUCACUACAAAUAGCAGGAGAAGCUCUGGGCUUUCUACUCCUUCUCUCCCUGCUGUUUCACCCAAAGAAAUAGACAUGAAAUAUUACUGGCGGAUUUUUAGGCAGACCGUAUCAGAUUUGCAUCAAGAGCAGUUCACCAUUUUAAUAAUGACGUAUAAAAGGACGGCCAUUUUACAGCGUACAAUACCUCAUUAUUGUUCUGCCGGCCCCUCACUCCAUAAAGUCCUCAUUGUAUGGAACGACGUCAUGACUCCGAUACCCGAAAGUCUUACAAAGAUCCCAUGUGGACAAACGAAAUUGGAGUUUAUCACUUCGAAAGAGAAUAAACUCACGAAUCGAUUUGUGCCUUAUAAAGAGAUUGAGACCGAGUGUGUUGCUAUCAUUGAUGAUGAUAGGAAAGUUCUUAUCCCUGAUCUAUUGUUUGGAUUUGAAACAUGGCAGCAAUUUCGGCACAGGAUAGUUGGCUUUGAAGAACGGACGUACGAUACUCUACCAGAUGGGACCUUUUUCUACGGGACCAAGAAAGGUCUCCAAUCUGAGAAAUAUGGCUACUCUGCAAUGAUCUCGGCAACAUUCAUCAUGUCAAAGACCUACUUGGAAAUGUAUCACCAACCCCACUUCCUUCCCAGCGCCAUUUACGACUACAUCAAUAAGAAUAUGAACUGUGAAGACAUCGCCAUGUGUCUCAUGGUCACGGAUUUCCUGCGAAGGACGUCCUUUCCUCAAACUUGCUGUGUAUCUGUCAAUGCUAAGAGGUUUCCUAUUAACCUUGAGGCUACCAACCGUGGUGGUUAUAGAGGUCUAUCAAUGAGACGCGGACAUUACAACGGUCGUUCCGAUUGUCUCAAUUAUUUUGCAAAAUCUUAUAACAAUACGAUACCAUUAAUAUACACUCAUGCUAAAGUUGCCUACAAUGAUCACAAUUAUUACAAAUCAUGAACUUUGUCACAAUAAUAGUCUUCUUUCCAAGCUUUUAUUGUGCAGCCUAAAA